GGAGGAGGGGAACAGGUAGACGGUGAAGGACUUGUGUGGUGCUGAGGUGUGCGCGGGCAUUGGGGCAGGAACGGAGGUAGAGGAGUGUGUUUGUCUGUUAGAAGGAUGUGGGGAACAGAUAGAUGGUGAGGGUACGGGUCAUGGGUUGAGGUGGGUGUGUGUGUAUGUAUGUCCACAAGGACAGGGAUGGGGGUGGUGUGUGAGUGCAUUUGGGGUGAGGAAGGAAUGUGAGGUACGGAUAUAUAGUGGGGGGAAUUGGUGUGGCGCAGAGGAGGUGAGAUGAGUGUGCAUACAGAUAAAUAGAGGGCCAGAGCAGGUAUAGGAUAGGUGAGGUGGAGGGAACAAGAGCUGAGGGACACAAAGGGUAAAGGGCCUGCUCCAGUGCUAAGGUGGUGCAUGCACCUUCCUGCACAGUGUCCCUCACCUCACACCCUUGCACCAGUGGGAUCUUCCUGUGUAGUGAUCUUCACCCUUCUCCACCUCCUGGUGGGCCCCCACACAAUGUUCUCUCUCACCCACACCCUUUCCCCUCUGAUCUGAUGGGAUCUUGUUCUGCGGUGUACCUCACAUCCCCGUGGGAUCUUGCUGCGCAGUCUCACACUCCACCCAUGGUGGGGUCUUGUGCCAUUCCCCCCCUUUCUAUCUUAUUGUGCAGUCUAUCACCACCCUGUUGGAAACAUGCUGUACUGUCUCUCACUCCACCCCUCUUUCUCUCUCUCUCUCUCUCUCCACAGCCCACCUCCAGCCCGGACAGAUUUAGUGCAGGAGGAUGUCUGCUGGGAAGAUGGCCAGGAUCAGGGCCUCCCUCUGGGGCUCCCCCCGCUAGUGGGGAGGGGCGGGGGUGGCCCUCCUCGAACCCUCCCCCCCUCCCCCACCAAUGGAGACCAAGCCCUUGACCUGCACCCUGUGCCCCUUUGCCGCCCACAGCCAGCAGGAGCUGGAUCAGCACCAGCUCACCCACAACCUGUACCAGGGUGAGCCCACUCAACUUCCCCUGCCCCUCCCUGUCAAGCAGGAAUCUGCACCGCCAAACUGGUGGCCCACAGAGGAGCCCCCGGAGCCUGCUGACUAUGGUUGGGAGACCUCUCCCUCUCCCUCCUACCCACCUCCCCCCCCUCCCGCUGAGCCAACCAACGAGCUGGGACUCCAGCUAGUCGUGGUGGGGGGUGCAGAGGGGGAGGCUGACCAGAACGGUGGGGGGGGCUCAUCGCCAGGCUCCCGGGUGGCACUGCCGCCUCCUCCUCUGCCCCUUCCCUCCUCCUCGUCCUCGUCCUCCUCCUCGUCUUCCUCCACAACCUCCUGCCCCCAGCCCCGCCAACGCUGGCAGGCGAAGCAGUUCCGCUGCGACCUGUGCCCGUUCGUGGCGCGGGGCAAGCAGGAGCUGCGGGUGCACGAGAGGGAGGAGCACCUGCGGGAAGGCAGCGACAUCAUCCAGUGCGGCCGCUGCAGUUACAGCACCAACAAGAUCAGCUCCUGGCGGCAGCAUAAGCUGGUGCACCCCGGGGCGCUGGGCUCCACCGGCGGCCGCAUUUACAUGUGCAAGACGUGUGGCUGGAAAACCAAGUACCGCCACUCUCUGGUCAAGCACAUCGCCCUGCACACUGGGAACAAGUCCUUCCAGUGCGAUCAGUGUGGAUUCGCCUGCGCCCGCAAGGAGAACCUGAAGCGGCACAAGCUGACCCACCUGAAGAAGGGUGUUGAUGGCAAGGGGCUGCUACUGAAGUGCGGCUGGUGCGAAUACGCCACAGCCUACAGCAACGCCCUGAGACGACAUGCCGUCACACUGCACAACGCGGAUGAGAACUACGUACCGGAGUACCAGUGUGAUGUCUGUGACUUCAGGACCACGAAACUCAGCAACUUCUCCAACCACAAGAUCACCCACUUGUACGGGCAUAUGAUGGUGCAAGUGAACCAGACAGGACCCCUCAAGUGCAGCCUGUGCCCCUUCGUCAGCGAGCACUGGGACUGCCUGCAGGAGCACCAGCGCAGCCACAAGGAGCUACGUUGUGUGCAAGAGCUGCUGGGAGGCAGCAGCGGUGAGGGAGAGAAUGCCCCUGGGUCCAAGUCCCAGCCCCAGCCCGUUGAGGCGGAGGACCAGCAGGAUGGGGCAGGAGAGCCUCACAGCCCCGACCACAUGGUGGCCCUGCACAACAUCAUCGGCACCAUUGGAGAGUACGUGAAUGGGGACGGAAGCCCGGCGCCCGAGGCCGAAGUGGAGGCUUCUGAGACCCCAGGCCCUGCCUACAGGGCUGGAGGCGGCCGGAGGCGACACUGGCGGCCGGUGUCGGCGGCACCUCCCUUCGGCUGGGAGGGAGGAUCCCGGCUGGGUCCCAGUCGUCGCUUCCGCUGCCCCCACUGCCGCUUCAGUUGCCCCCGCCGGGAGGGGCUGAGGAGGCACCUGUCAGGGCAUGCUGCCCGCCGUGCCCUAGCCAGGGAGGGGCAGGAGGCAGGACUGGGCUCAGAAGUCCCUGGGCAGAUCCCCCAGCAGGACAGCUCUCCAGUCCCACAGCAAGCCUGCAGUCCCCCUUUGUUGGAGCCACGGCAGGUGAUGAGCCAGGAGUCCCAGCAGACCUGCUCCAUGCCUGGAGCCCUGAAUCCUGGCAACUGGUUGGAACGUGAACGGCUGGCACUGGAAAAGGAGCGGCUGGCGCUGGAGCGGGAGAAGUGGGAAGUGCAGCGAGGUGUCCUUGCCCUGCAGGAGCACAAACUGCGUCUGCAGGUGGAAUUGCUGCAGCGACAGUUGAAGCUGGCCAAAAACCAGGCGCCAACAUGACCUCCAGCACCGCCCUCUCGAGCGCUGGGGCUGGGAUCUCACUCUCUCCUCAGCUCCCUCACUCACACCCAAGAGAACUGGGCACAGCGCAACAAUGGGUGGAGAUUACAAAUGGGGAGUUCCUUAUUUUUUUGUAUACAGACUGUUUAUUGGGGAGUUGGGGGUGUGGACAGGGUGGUG